AUGUUUUUCUCACUGUGUAGGAAUUCGCUUAAGGAACUCAGGGUCACAAGUUGUAUUGGUCCUGUUCUCCAUGGUGAUCAGAUGUUGUCAGUGAUUAGUCAGUGCUGUGAUCACGUGACUAGUGUGGAUGUAAGCUGGAGUGGAGCAACAGACACAGGAGUGAAAGCUCUGACGGAUUGCAGAAAAGGACUAAAAUCUGUUGUCCUGAAUGGCUGUCAUGUCACUGAUGACCCUCUGAAAGAACUUGUCAUGAAACACAAAGACAGCCUGUGCAGGUUGGAGGUGUUUGGCUGUCAGUUCCUUACUUCAUCCUGGCUACAGACAGUAUAUGAGAUGUGCCCCGGCCUUCAGCAUCUAAACAUCGGACGAGUGCCAAAAAUCACCGUAAACAGCCUCACUGGGUUGACAGCACGGCUCAAAAGCCUCAUUUCACUGAAUCUCACAGGACUACAGGUCACUCAUGCCAUAGUUGAUACUUUGCUCCAGAACUGCGUUGAACUUCAGAGUCUGUCCUUCAGUUCCUGUCCUGGAGUCACUGACCUGACACUGCAUAGCAUCAGCAAAUAUUCACCUUGUAUCAGAGCUGUUGAUGUGAGUGGCUGUAAAGCAGUAACAGAUGCAGGUGUUCAGUCUUUGGCUCUGGGCUGCACAAGACUUCAGCAGCUGGAUCUCAGCUCCACCAGCACCGGAAACAGAGGGGUUUCUCUGCUAGCAAAUUACUGCAACAGACAUCUUCAUACCAUCAAACUCAGUUUCUGCCACAUCACCGUAAAGAAAAUACUGAAGCUUUGCCAACAUUGCAAGAGGCUGAAGGUGCUUCAUCUCUAUGGCUGUGCACAUCUACCCACUGAACACGAGAUCAAACAAGUGAACAGCACCGUUAAUGUUUCUCCUUUGUCUUCACCCUGA